AUGGCCAACCCAAACGACCCCCCGCUGGACGAGAUCCAAUGGCGCUCGCCGCCCAUCCUCGCGCAGAUGGGCGGCCUGCACUCCAACACGAUCCUCUUCUACUUCGCCGAGUCGCCCUUCUUCGAGCGCACGUCCAACAACGCGGUCAUCACGAGCCAGGCCAUGAACAACAUUUCCAUGUACCACUACAUCCAGACCCGCGAGGCCUUUGAGGGCCGCCUCAAGACCAUGUCCGGCCUCGAGUUCAUCGUCGGCGAGGAGCCCGCCGAGACGGGACCUGGAAUGGGCACUGGCGUGUGGGUGAUUCGCAAGCAGACGCGUAAGAAACAGUACCAGGAGGAGGACGAGAUCACGGUGCAUGCGUCCUUUCUCGUGGUGGGCGAGAACAUUUACAUGGCGCCGACGCUGGCGGACAUACUGGCGUCUAGAAUUAUGACGAUAUCCUCAGCCAUUGCCAAAGCCCUUCCAGAGGCAGAGAACGCGCGCAAGUGGCGACCGUCUACGGGCAACGUCUACUAUCUUCCGGGGAGCCAGGGCCAAGCUCGGUCAAAAGGACAAACGUCGACCGUCGCAACACCCAUGCCCGACAGCCAACUCAGCCAGCCCAGUCAACCAAGCCAGCCGAGCCAUCUCAAGCCCGCGCCAGCGCCUCAAAAACACGACGAAUUAUCACUGGAGAGGGCGUCUGAGGAAGCCUUUCUGAUUCAUAUGCGUCACGGCGGAGAAUACAUCGACGAGAACCCCAUCACCGGCCGCCCUGGCGAAUUCCACCUCUCGUCCACGGGACGCAAGGCCGUGCCACCGCCCAAGGCCGGCGCCGAGUCGGGCAUAGGAGCCAUGAACGGGCCUACCGCUAUCAACACUAAGUUUGAUGACAAAAAGGACGGCAAGGGGGAGAAGACACCCAAGUCUGCUACGAUGCCGAAGCCUAAGCGGAGGAAAAGCAGAAUGAGCAACGUACCGACUCCGGUACAGACCCCCAAGGCGUCUUAG